UGGGACCCCGGCCCGGCCGCCGCCUCUGCACGCGUCCCGUUAGACCACCCAUCCCGCGAGCCCAAACUGCCCUCGCUCCCCGCGCUGUGCGCCCCCGCCGCGACCCCCGCCCGGCUCGGAGGAUCUUCCAGCCCCCGGGAUAGGAUUCCUGGGGAGGGGGUCUGAUCCCUUGGAACUCUGGCCCCAUCACCCGGGGCGGGGAGGGAGCCAAAAUUCCUACUAAGUCACAUAGUGAAGUUGGAAAACAUACUCAAGACCUCCCUGCACGCGCCGGCGCCUCCUGCCCUCCCCUAGGAGGGUGCCCUUGGAGGAUGUACCCUCGACGCCCCCAUCCUCGCCCCGCGGCUGGGGACAGGGUUGCUGGGAGGGUGCAGGUGGGUGCCCUUGAUCUAGCUCGAGCCUGAUGGUGGAAGAGGCUGAUCGAAAAGAAAGACACCUGUUGGGAUGGUCCUCCAGGCACUAUGAGGACCAACGAAUUCUGACGCAGGACAGGGACUCUCCACCGGAAACCAGAAACAUACUGUCCCCCGCCCUCCCCAGCAGUGACCCAUUUCCCAGAGGGAACUGCCAGAGCCAAACCCGGCCCAGGACAGGAUUAUGUGUACUGGGUAGACCCGCAGAGAGAGGCCGAGAGGAGACCUGGGGUGGCAGAGAGCGGCAGAGGCUGAGAGGAGGUGGAGAGGGGACCCCGGCAUCAGAGAAGUUGCAGACAGUGACCAUCACCCUCCUCCCCUCUCUUGAACCACAACUGGCCCACCUCGCAACGACAGCUCCUUGGAUUCCUCUCCUGGGUGCCUUUCAGAUCCAACAGAAACAGUUCUUUUUUUCCUGGAAAGCAGAAGUACUUCUGGGAGGGCAGGAGUGGGAGCUGGAUGAAACCAUCCUACGACAGAGCCUGCCUGUGUGUGCUGAGCUGGCCCUGAAGCAGCCCCUAGGAUCACAAAGGGGCGGGCCGGUCUCCCCCACCCCUCCAUCCUCUCUGAGAGGCCCACUGAGGAGUCAUCCCUCCCAGCUGCGAGCUUUCUGGAGACUAGAGAGGCCCCAGCUGUGUUUGAUGCUGCUUCUGUCCCUCCCUCAGCUCUGCCUGGAUCAGGAGGUGAGCGCUGGACAGGUGUUGUCCGGACACACUCUUCAGACACCUGCAGAGGAGAGCCAGAGCCCUGAGGGUGUCUGGGGACCUUGGGACCAGUGGGCCUCUUGCUCCCAGCCCUGUGGGUUAGGGGUACAGCGCAGGAGCCGGACAUGUCAGCUCCCUACAGCUCAUCAUCUGGGCCUGCCCCUGCCUCCCCGGCCCCCAAGACAUCCAGAAGCCCUCCCGCCGCGGGGUCAGGGCUCCAGACCCCAGACUUCCCGAGAAACCCUCCCCCUGUACAGGCCACAGCCUCGGGGAAGGGGUGGCCCACUUCGAGGUCCUGCUUCCCAACCAGGGAGAGAGGAGACUCAGGAGAUUGCAGGGGCCAGGAGGUCCCGGGUUCGAGACCCCAUCAAGCCAGGGAUGUUCGGUUAUGGAAGAGUGCCCUUUGCAUUGCCACUGCAUCGGAACCGCAGGCAUCCCCGGAGGCCCCCCAGAUCUGAGCUCUCCCAGACCUCUUCUGGAGGGGAGGAGCCCCUUCCAUCCCUGACUCCAAAAGCAGAACCAUCCUCUGCAAACCACAGCCCCCAAACUCAGCUCCCUCCCACAGAACUGUCUGUCCACACUCUGUCGCCCCCAGAAGAACCUCUAAGUCCUGAAACUGCUCAGACAGAGCUGCCCCCCAGAACCAGGCCUGCCCUCCCACAGCCCCACCCUGGAGCCCAGGCCUCUGGCACAGGGCCCCCCUCGCCCACCCCCUCCUUAGGAGAAAGUGGCUUCUUCCACGUGUCCCCUCAGCCAAGAAUGCCAAGUUCUCAGGGUUGGGCUGGUUCUCAGAGAACAGGGAGACGCCCUGAUCCUUUCCCUUCUGUCCCCUGGCGCCGAGGCCAGCAGAGCCAGGGGCAUUGGAGACCUGGGGGGAAUCUUCACAGGCCCGUGGAGUCUGCCCCACACCACCCAGAGGGCUGGCUGCCUCUGCUGAGUGCUGGCCCCCACUCCAGCUCCCUCUGGAGCCUCUUUGCUCCCAGUAGCCCUGUCCCAAGAUGUUCUGGGGAGAGUGAGCAGCUGAGAGCCUGUAGCCAAGCGCCCUGCCCCCCUGAGCAGCCAGACCCCCGGGCCCUGCAGUGUGCAGCCUUCGACUCCCAGGAAUUCAUGGGCCAGCUAUACCAGUGGGAGCCCUUCACUGAAGUUCAGGGCUCCCAACGCUGUGAACUGAACUGCCGUCCCCGUGGCUUCCGCUUCUACGUGCGUCACACUGAAAAGGUCCAGGAUGGGACCCUGUGUCAGCCUGGAGGCCCAGACAUGUGUGUGGCUGGACGCUGUCUGAGCCCCGGCUGUGAUGGGAUCCUUGGCUCUGGCAGGCGUCCGGAUGGCUGUGGAGUCUGUGGGGGUGAUGAUUCUACCUGUCGCCUUGUUUCGGGGAACCUCACUGACCGAGGUGGCCCUCUGGGCUAUCAGAAGAUCCUGAGGAUUCCUGCCGGGGCGUCCCGGCUCCAGAUUGCCCAGCUUCGGCCCAGCUCCAACUACCUUGCACUUCGAGGGCCUGGGGGCCGGUCCAUCAUCAAUGGGAACUGGGCUGUGGAUCCCCCUGGGUCCUACACAGCCGGCGGGACUGUCUUCAGAUACAACCGUCCUGCUCGGGAGGAGGACAAGGGGGAGAAUCUGUCAGCUGAAGGCCCCACGACCCAGCCUGUGGAUGUCUAUAUGAUCUUUCAGGAGGAAAACCCAGGUGUUUUUUAUCAGUAUGUCAUCUCUUCAUCUCCUCCAAUCCUUGAGAGCCCCACACCAGAGCCCCCCAGCCUCCAGCUUCAGCCUGAGAUUCGGAGGGUGGAGCCCGCGCCUGCCUCUGCGCCCCGCCCCGCCCGGACCCCGGGAACCCUCCAGCGUCAGGUGCGGAUCCCCCAGAUGCCUGCCCCGCCCCAUCCCAGGGUGCCUCUGGGGUCUCCAGCUGGAUACUGGAAACGAGUGGGACACUCUGAGUGCUCGGCAUCCUGUGGGAAAGGUGUUUGGCGCCCCAUUUUCCUCUGCAUUUCUCGUGAGUCAGGAGAGGAACUGGAUGAAGGCAGCUGUGCGGUGGGCACCAGGCCCCCAGCCUCGCCAGAGCCCUGCCACGGCUCCCCGUGCCCCCCAUACUGGGAGGCUGGCGAGUGGACAUCCUGCAGUCGCUCCUGUGGCCCUGGCACCCAGCACCGCCAGCUGCUCUGCCGGCAGGAGUUUGGGGCUGGGGGCUCCUCGGUGCCUCUGGAACGCUGUGGACAUCUCCCCCGGCCCAACAUCACCCAGCCUUGUCAGCUCCGCCUCUGUGGCCACUGGGAGGUUGGCUCCCCCUGGAGCCAGUGCUCCGUGAGGUGUGGGCGCGGCCAGAGGAGCCGUCAAGUUCGCUGUGUUGGGAACAACGGUGACAAAGUGAGUGAGCAAGAGUGUACUUCAGGCCCCCCGAAACCCCCCAGCAGAGAGGCCUGUGACAUGGGGCCCUGCACCACAGCCUGGUUCCACAGCGACUGGAGCUCCAAGUGCUCAGCUGAGUGUGGGACGGGGAUCCAGAGACGGUCUGUGGUCUGCCUCGGGAGUGGGGAGGCCUUUGGGCCGGGCCAGGAGGAGGCAGGAGCAGGAACCAGUGAGCAGAGCUGUCCACAAGGAAGCCGCCCCCCUGACAUGCGUGCCUGCAGCCUGGGGCCCUGUGAGAUCACGUGGUGCUGGUACACAGGGCCCUGGGGUGAGUGCUCCUCAGAAUGUGGCUCUGGCACACAGCGUAGAGACAUCAUCUGUGUGUCCAAACUGGGGACUGAGUUCAACGUGACUUCUCCUAGCAACUGUUCCCACCUGCCCAGGCCCCCUGCCCUGCAGCCCUGUCAGGGGCAGGCCUGCCAGGACCGAUGGUUUGCUACACCUUGGAGUCCGUGUUCUCGCUCCUGCCAGGGGGGAGUGCAGACAAGGGAGGUCCAGUGCCUGAGCGCCAACCAGACCCUCAGCACCCGAUGCCCUCCUCACCUGCGACCCUCCAGGAAACGACCCUGUAACAGCCAACCUUGCAGCCAGCGCCCUGAUGAUCAAUGCAAGGACAGCUCUCCACAUUGCCCCCUGGUGGUACAGGCCCGGCUCUGCGUCUACCCCUACUACACAGCCACCUGUUGCCGCUCUUGCGCCCAUGUCCUGGAGCGGUCUCCCCCGGAGCCCUCCUGAAAUGGGUCCAGGAGACCCUCUCCAUGGUUUUCUCAUGCCGCCAUCGGUCACCCAUCGGCCAGCCUGCUUUGUGCCCCUUGGCUCUCCAGCCUGUCCCUGUCUCACCAGGGAUAUCCUCCAGAGUGACUGAAGGUGGCAAGGUGAUGGACAGUGACUGUCAAGACGUGUGGUUGGGUCUGUGUGGUGCCGUGGUGGUGUGUGUGUCCACAUCCCCCAGGAUGUGUAUCCAGGCCUGCAUGGAUGUGUGUGUGUGUGCGUGUGUGCGUGCUCAUACAUGUGUAUCGCUUUUCAAAAAGAAAUUACACAGACUGAACAGGAACGGGGAGGGUAUAAUACCUGUUUCCCUGAGACUUUCCUAGGCUGAGAGGAAAGCAAGUUUGCAGUUCUUUGCUAAUUCGAACUUAGAGUGUGGUCUCCCCAUCAACUCCAAUUUUUUUUCUUUUCUUUUUUACCAUCCAUUGGACUCUCCUUGAUAAAUCAACUCCAAUUUUGUGCCCAAACUUCAUUUCUCAUGUUCAGGCCUCACAUCUUCUAAAGCACCCUUUUGUCCCUGACCCCUUCUCCCUUUACCUAGUCUCUCUAUCCCUGUCUUCCUUCUUAGCUAGGGAUGGGGGUCAGCCACCGCCCAUCCUGCCUUACCCCAGGAAGAGAGACUGCCCGCAGAGCAGGGACCUGCUGGGCAGAAGGUGGAAAAAACGUCAGCAUAGGACCCCCUGGCCUGACUCCCCACCUCCUCAAAAUGGUUGCCACCCCAGAACUAAUUUAUUUUUUAUUAAAGAUGAUCAUGACAAAUGA